AUGAAGCGUGACGUUUGUGUUCUUCAGAUCCUCGUGCUGCUGAUUCCUCAUGUCCGAACAGGCGAGCAUCCCCCGGCCCCCUCCUCUGUGCGUGUCUCUUCCGAGGCCCAUGGAGGCGGGAUUUACCUGAAGUGUUCCUUUGAAACUCGCCCUGGCAGCUUCCUGGGCUUUGUGGUGGUCUGGUUACGGCUCUCUGCUCUGGGACUGAGGGAGGAGCUGAGGCAGGAGACCACUGUCCACACCUCUGUCCACAUAGAGCUGGACGGCUUCAACCUACGACUGGGGGACAAGAUUUACUGCUCCAGUUCCAGUUUCUUUCUGGACUCUCCUGAGGUCCGCAGCCCGGCGGUGGACAGUGCAGAGUUCUUUGCUGGACUCCGUAUGACAGUAUCUGAGAGCAGCGUUCUGGAGGAGGGCGGGGUGUACCAGCUGCUGCUGGAGAGCACGGUCCCUCUGCCAUGUGUGAAGGACUCAGACCGCUGCAGUCUACUCUUACAGCUCAACACCAUCAGCCAAGAGGAGGAGCAGUUGGGAGCCGACGUGUCCCUCUCCUCUUGUGCGGUGGAGCUGACCUCUGACCCCUGUGCAGACGGCCCCUGCAGCCGGACCUCGCUCCACGUCAGCCCCAUUACAGACUUUAUCCUGGACGGAAACAGGUCGACCAUCAUCUCAGUCAAAGCCAUUGUCACAGAGAACGUCGUGUGGAGCGGGUACUCCCCUGAGCCGUUGCAGAUACAAGUGCAAGAUGUCCAGUCUGCAUACUGCUACAGCUUCACUGAUCCUCACACUGUCACCUUUGAUGGGAGGUGUUAUGAAAACUCCCAGAUCGGCACGUUUGUCCUGUUCCAGAGCGCUGCGUGUGGUGUAGAGGUCCAGGUGCGCCUGUGGGAGUGCGGUGGCGUGGAGCACGCAGCCUCCUGCGUUUGUGGCUUUGUGGUCCGAGACGGAGGCGAUGUUGUCUCCUUUGACAUGUGUGAAGGAGAGCUGGGAGAGACCUUUCCACAGCUGAACGUGAAACACAGGGGCCCCCGGAGCAAACUGCGCAUCACAGAGUCCUAUCAGGGACGCAAACUCACGAUGACCCUGUCGUCAGGAGCAUUCGUCCGAGCGGACGUAUCCUCAUGGGGGAUGAGUCUGACCAUAAGGGCCUCUGGAGCAGACAGGGGCCACACCCAGGGACUGUGUGGGACCUACGACGAAGACCCGCACAAUGACUUCCACUCCGCUGAUGGCACAGAGCCGCUGGACUUGCACAGCUUCGUCUCUGCCUGGAGACUUCCCCCGGGCUCCAGCCUCUUUGACUCGGUGCCUUCGUCUCUGAGUGAGACCAUUCCUCUUCAGUUCUGUCUCUGCUCCCACACAGCUGCAGUCAGCCUGAGCCCUGACCUCCCCUGCCCUCAGCCCUCCCCUCACCCUGGGAGCAUCCCACCCUCCUCCCUGAUCCCGUCUCUGGAUGUCACUCAGGAGUACCUCACCCCAGCAGAACUCCUCCAAACACAGACACAGGACAACCGGUACGACUGA